UAAGGUUUUAGUCUAGACAAUGUUUGCACUGACACUGGCUCUAAUUGUAUUUCUCGCCAGAGAAGGUUUUAAUGAACCGGCGCAGGAUCCGGAAUUGCUUGAGCAGUAUUUUGAAGGAGACAUCUCAGUUCGACCGAUUCAGUUCCGAAACGGUAUUGCCAAUAAGAUUCUUCACUGGCCAAACGGGGUAGUCAAAUACCGUAUAGAGCAAAAUGACUUUGACGACAUUCAUUAUAAGGAAAUUCUGAGGGCCAUUUCCAUCAUUGAGGCAAACUCGUGUGUUGUCUUCAGGAUUGCCAGCCAAGAAGAGUUACCCCAAGCCCUUAUAAUUACGUCUAAAGGCGUCGGCUGUAAUUGUGCUUAUUUGGGCUUCAGGAAUAGGACGCAUCAAGUGAACCUCCAGAAUUUUCCUCUUGGCAAAGGUUGCUUUCGCAUCGGUUCCAUACUCCACGAGUUUCUGCAUGUAUUGGGCUUCGAGCAUCAGCAUGUCUCCCGAAAUCGAGACCAGUACGUCAGCAUCAAAUGGGAUAAUAUCAAUCCGGAAUUCAAAAUUAAUUUCGUUAACACCGACAAUACUACCGAUUGGCAUGACUUCGGCGAGGGCUACGACUAUCAAAGUGUUAUGCACUAUGUUCCCAAGGCGUUUUCCAAAAACGGUAAACCAACAAUUGUGGCCUUAAAGGAAGGCUCCUCCAAUAUGGGUCAGCGAUUCAACAUGAGCGUCAAGGAUAUUCGCAAGCUUAACAAAAUGUACAACUGUCCCGGCUAUGUUUAACAUUGAAAUACGUUUUUUUAAUUAAAACACUAUAUUUUUUCACACUUCAUUUCCCUGUGAAAUAAAACUCUGUUCGUGAAAUAAAAUAUUUAAAAACGUAUCUUUUAAACUAAAA